GCAGCAAAGGUUGCGAGCGCAGUUCUGCGAAACAGGGUGCGCAUAUGGCCCCGGCAGCCACAGGCGCUGAAAUACAAAGCCUUUCUUGGAAUUAAAUUCCUAGAAUGGCUGUCACCUCGUAAAGUCAACUAUACAGCUGGCGUUUUUUUCUCUAUGUCGUCGUGAAUGAGGAUAAUAACUCUCAUUUUUAGAUGCUCGACCCUGAAGGAGGAUAAUAGCUCUCAUUUGAGAUCUGCUGCAAGUCUUUUCGCUGUGGUAACCGAGAAGGAUCUAAAACAAAAGCCGUAGGAACUGCCAACUCCGAUUUCGUUUCUAUUUCUCAUCGCUUUAUGGUUUCACUAACGAGAAAUAUUGACUUAUUCUGUGUUUGUCGCUCUGGCAGCCUAGAAAAUGCCUCAGUGGACUUGAUUCAUAUUUAUAUUGUUGAUUAAUAUAAUACAGACGUCGUGCGACUGGGCUAUGGUCGACUUUUAUCAGUUGGUUGGUGCUCGUGAUGAUUUUAUGUGUGCAAAGGGCUCUGCUGUCAGAGCCACCUUCAGUGAUGGUUGCCAGGACUGUGAGCAUGCAGAGUGAUGGGAAUGACAGGGAAGAAUCAGACUCACAUGAGAGCCAGGUUGUUUCCACAGGGCCCUGCAGUCUCCCCAAUGCCACACAGCACAGCAAACAGUGGGACCCUGCAAAGGACCUGUGUUGUAUCACCACUACUUUUCAACACCUUCACACCUCAGGGUGGUACUGGGGUGCCAUUUCAGCCAGUGAAGCCCGAGAUGCCCUCCUCGGGACGUCCGAGGGGACCUUCCUAGUGCGUGACAGCAGUCACCCUCUUUACAUGCUCACUCUAUCGGUGAAGACUUGUCAAGGGCCCACCAACGUGCGCAUUGAAUAUAGCGACGGCCGUUUUCGACUGGACUCAAGCUCUCCAGCUCAGCAAAGUCUGCUGUCCUUUCCCGGUGUCCCUAGCCUGGUACAGCAUUAUGUGGGAUCAGGCAGAAGAGAGGACGAGGUAAAGGCAGAGGCACCCAUUAUCAAGGACAAUGCCAUAUUGUUGAAGCUCAAAUACCCACUCCACAGGCCUCACACCUUUCCCUCUCUACAGCACCUGACACGCCUUACUAUUAACAGACAUACCGCCUUACCUGCUUGUCUCCCUCUCCCACGCCGAUUACUGAACUAUUUGCAAGACUAUCCCUUCCAAGUAUGAACUUCCACUAAGAGUUGAAGCGUUUCAACUUUUGGGCUGGCAGCUUGCUUGACAGAUAUUCCUGCAUUGAGAUUCUGUGGUGAAGCACCCUUGAGGUCAGAUGUUGGAAUUAAAUUGCUUUGUAGUCCAUGGACAGUGGACCUCUUCUUCAGUGUAGCUGAACCAUGAUGAUGUAGCACUCUUCCCAUUAUGCCCCUCUGUUGGCAGGGCAGAUGGGAUUCUGGACAAUCAAAACUAUAUCGGUAAUAAAUGUACCUCGUUUAUUAUUGGAAGAGCUUGAAGCUUGAUGGAACAUUUGUAAUAAAAUAACAUUUAUUUAAGCAGAAAUCAGGAUAAUCAUACACAUAUUUUGCUGCUGGAUUCCUGAAAAACAUGUAAAUAUGUUUAUUUUUAG